CAAACCAAAUAGAAGAAGAGAAGCUAAUGCGGAAGUGGCUGUAAACUCGAGUCAGAUGUUUUGUUAUGCUAAUCUAGCUGCUAGUCUUUAUUUGGCAAACUCACUCCACGCUUUGGAUGAAAUGCUUGAGUAUAUGAUUGUAAAAUAAAAAAAUCUUCUUAACCAUAAUCAGUAGCUCUAGGUGGCACCAUGGCUGACCACAAUGAUGUUAGCCUUUCACCGGAACAACGCGUCCGCGCCCUGACCAAGAAGGGCAGUUCAGUGGAUGUGAACGAUGAUGUUCCCCCACGCCGUUACUUUCGUUCUGGAAUGGAAAUUAUUCGGAUGGCCUGUAUCUACACAGAGGAGGGGAACGUUGAACACGCUUUCGUUCUCUACAAUAAGUAUAUCACGCUAUUUAUUGAGAAACUUCCCAAGCAUAGAGAUUAUAAAUCAUCAAACAUUCCAGAGAAGAAGGACACUCUUAAGAAACUGAAGGAAGUUGCCUUUCCUCAAGCAGAGGUGCUGAAAAAAGCGCUUUUAAAAAGAUAUGAGCAAGAACAUGCACAAUAUCUUGUCAAAAAGAAAGCCGAGCUGGCCGCCCUGGCCCAGGAGCAGUCCAAGCAGAGGGCCCUGGACGCCGAACGGGAACGCGUGGCUCAGCUGCAGCGGCGGCAGCGGGAGCAGGAGCAGUUCAGCGCCUUCGAGGAGAUGAUUCACCGGCAGGAGCUGGAGAAGCAGCGUCAGCGAGUGCUGCUGGAGUUUGCCACCCCGGGAACCCCCCCACCGGACGCCCCCCUCCUUCCCGGCAUUCAGGGUCCCCCUCUGCCCCUGGUGGCGUCCCCCACACCGCCGCAGAGCCCAGGGGACACCAGCAACCACAGCUCUGCUCCUGUGGCUGGACCUCCUACAUUUGACCGUUCGCUAAAGCCUGGGUCCCUGGUCAGCCCUGGGGACAACACCACAAUGGAUGAUGCCCUUCGACAAUUAUCAGUGCCUGCUGAGCUGUGCAGGAGUUUUUUGAGGAUGGCAGAUGCCAACACAAGCAGAGCAGUGGAAACCUGUGGUAUACUCUGUGGCAAGCUGACCAGGAACGCCUUUACUGUUACCCAUGUAAUUGUGCCGAAGCAGUCUGGUGGACCAGACUACUGUGACACGGAGAAUGAAGAAGAGCUUUUUCUGAUCCAGGAUCAGUAUGACCUCAUCACCCUUGGCUGGAUUCAUACCCACCCCACACAGACGGCUUUCUUGUCCAGCGUUGACCUUCACACUCACUGCUCUUAUCAGAUCAUGUUACCAGAGGCCAUCGCCAUCGUCUGCUCACCCAAAUUCAAUGAGACUGGGUACUUCAGGCUUACAGAUCAUGGAAUGGAAGAUAUCUCCACAUGCAAGCAGAAGGGCUUCCACCCGCACAGCAAAGAGCCUCCUCUGUUCAUAGGAGCAGGUCAUAUCAUCAUCACAGACGACAGAGUGUCCAUGUUGGAUCUGCGGUGAUUUUCUACCACCACACCCCCAACUAGCUAAUAACCAAACACCAACAGGCGGAUUAUUUUAUAAAAAAACUUUUUUGAAAUUGUAGUGCACUGCGGCGGCAUUGCUCUUUAUGGCAGUUUCCAGAAACGAGCAGACACACGUGGACUCGUAUCCUCAUGCCCUUUCAGAUCAAAUGUUUACUUUGUAGUGGGGCAGGAUAAGUUCAGCUUUUUAGACCUAUGAAGGAUGUUGGCAUAUAUUUAAGUUUUUUGCUCUUAUUGAAUCGGAGAAAUCUUAAUGCAAAUGGUUGGUGCAUACAGUCUGUCGCAAACUGUUUAUGAUGCAACUCCUGGUAGAAAUCAGGUUUUAAUUGCCAUUUUGAAACCAGUGCUCUAAUUCAGCUGCUUCUAAAGGCAGCAAUGUCCAUUGUGCUUAAUGUUGUGCAUGGACCUAAUUGACUCAACACAGCUCUUAACUUUACCGACUGAAAACACUGAAACUGACCAACGACUUCCGUUCAUGUUAUUUAAUUGAUAUACACAAUAUCAAAUUGUUCUGUGGACUCUAUGAUGACUAAGGGGUGCCAAUAACACAGCAGCUGAUGCACUGUUGCUCAGGGAUGUGAGCAGUGUUGCUUCUUCGUGGGUGUGUAAUGUUUUUGUCUGUCUUGAUUUGUUAAAAGUUUUUCAACAGUAGUUGCAUAUUUGUAUCUGUUCCCAUAAGUUGUAAAAAAAAAAUGGCUAAUGAUUCAGUUUUGUUUUGAAAGCAUAGGCUAUUUGUCUAACAGAGGCAGUCUGAAUGUUGACGGAAAUAAGAAACAUGUAGGCCUACAGCACAAGUUGCUUACGCUUGAAUAAUAACUACUUUUGAUGAUAUUCAGCUAGUCUUAGAAUUUGAAUUAAAUACGCAAUAUUAUGCCUUA